GUGGUUUUAGCCCAUUAACCUCCUUUCCCUCUUCUUUUUUAUCUUUCGAAUAAACCAAGGAUUUGUUCGGCUUUGUUUUCAUUUAAACAAAUCGGUGCAUCUUCUUAGCUCACCAAGUGUUCGACGAUAUUCCUCAACUAGCAAAAGUAGAAGCUGAUCAUCUUUUUUCUCUUGUUUAAAGCAAACCCGUCGUCACUCUCUUUCAAGUAAGAGCAAAAUGAAAUUUGUAUUCUUUUUUUUUUUUUUGUGUGUGUGUGUGCCUAUUUUCCUCUCAUUUGUCUUUGUUGUGGUAAUUUGGAAGCAUGAAAAUUUCAAAAAAUGUUUAUUUUCUUGCAGAUUAGAGCCUUGAACUGUGUACAAUAUUCCAUCUAUUUACUUUCAGCAAGUGUUGGAACAAUAUUUCUCCAUAAGCGAAACUAGAGAUAAUCUUUUCUCUUGUUUAAAGUAGCCGUCAAUCUCUCUCAAGUAAGAGCAAACUUAAAGUUGUCUUUUUCUUUUUCCUAUUGUAGUUCUUGGUUAUGGCAAGUUAAAUGUCUUGCGUUUUGGAAUUGUGACAGAGGAAGGGUUUUUUUUAUAGGAGGGAUGAGAAUCUCUGUAUGGGUAUGUACCGAACAUCAUGGUUUUAAAAACCGGUUAGAUCGUCGAUUCUCAUUUUGACUGGUUUGUUCGUUGUUCUGGUUUCAAUUAAAUGAGUUAUUACUCGGUUCAAUCAGUUUCAAGUGGUUCGCUCAAAAACCGGUUUGACCACUUUAUUUAGACCAAUAUGCCGGCUGGUUCCCAGUCCAACCGACUGGUCUAGUCCAGUUCUAACAACCAUGCUGGACAUAGAUAUUUUUAGUCUUUGUAAGCCUUUUUAUAUAUUUCGAGGGUCGGUCAUAUUCAUGUAUCCGUCUCUAGAUAUGCAUAGAACCCAAGUACUUCAAGAAAAAUUAGGAGUAAGAGAGUUUCUGGGAAGAGUUUAAGUGAGCAUAAACCGAAAUUAUUAUUAUUAUUAUUAUUAUUAUUUUUUUUUUUUUUUGUAUUUUGAAGGAUAAAUGAUGCCUAGAUGGAAAGGAAAAGGCUUACAAGCCAAAGCUAAUGCUGAUCCCAUGUCUAAAAUUGUCUCACAACUCCAAUCCUCUUUGAUCCAAUUUGAGACUCGGGGUUUGCUCUCGAGCUGCAGUGUACUUGUUGAAGUGGAUGCUGAAUUAGCUGAUCUUCUCAACCGUUCAUGUUUCGGUCGACCGAGAAUUACAGCUCAAGAGGACAAACAAUGGUUUCAAUUGGAUAUGGAGGAAGCUUUCUAUUUGUGUUUUUCACUCAAAUGCCUCAAAGUCAUCGGUGAAGACGGAUCCAUAAAGAGUAAUGAAGAGCUAUGGGACUACUUCAAAUCCAAAAAGCUAGUGUUUCCUGUUUCUUACAAGGUGUAUUCUCAUCUUCGGCAUAAAAAUUGGGUUGUAAGAUCAGGAUUGCAGUAUGGUGUGGACUUUGUUGCCUACCGUCACCAUCCAGCUCUUGUUCAUUCUGAGUACGCGGUGUUGGCACUAUCAGAAGGAGAUAAUGAUCUAAAUGGUCGAUUGAGAGUGUGGUCAGAUGUUCAUUGUACAGUUCGUCUUUGUGGAAGUGUUGCAAAAACGUUAUUGACUGUUAUCGUGAAUAGUAAUAACCAAGGUGCAAACUCUCCUUCAUGUUUAGAGCACUACACUGUUGAAGAACGGACAAUCACGAGAUGGAACCCGGAACGAAGCCGAGAAGAUCAAACCGGUCCUAAGAAUGGAACAAAGAAGAUUUUAAAGGAUUGGUGCAAUCAUAUUUGACAUCGCCAUGCACGAGUCAGUCCACCAAACACAAUGACCUUGCUGGAACAGUGAAAGACAAAGGUUGAGGAGACUUUUUAUUGGAGAAAAAGAGCCAAGCUCCAAGGGAAAACCGUGGAAAGACCACAGAAUAUCUCCUCCACUAUUCCGACAACUAGAAGCCUAGGGGGAAUGGGAGAAAUCUCGAGGUUAUUUAAGAAGGGCCCACGACAAUCGAUAUUAAGGCUUGCACUGACAGUGGAGACAAAUGGCAUGGCAGAAGGGUCGUUGGAUAAGUGAGGUAGAGAAGGGAGAAAAUGGAGGGGGGAAGAAGAAGGAAAUGUAAAGAAAUAAAAGGAAAGAGUAGAAGGAAGAGAGUAGGAAGGAGAGGAAGGCCAUCGACUGGCCAUAAGGUAACUGCCACUAACUAAAAAUCGGAAAAACAAGCUUCUUAAGGAUUACAAAAUUUAAGAGAAGUUGAGGGAGUAGGAAAUUGCCCGAAAUAAUAAUCCUAAGUUGAAACGCUUUUUCAUUUUUUUUUUAUGAAUAAAUAAAUAUUUGAUACAUCGAUAAUUAGUUCAAUUGGUAUGAGUAUUGUUAUCAAUGUAAGAGGAUGUGGAUUCGAGUGUACAAAAAUGUAUUAUUUUUCUAUUUAUGGGUUGAGGAGAGGGAGAAACGAUUGUAUAAAACUGUGAUUCCACGUUAUUUCUAUCUCUUUGCAAUAGUAGAAAUACAAAUCAGAUUUUUCCUCAUAA